AUUGAAGAAGGCGUGGAGAAGUGAACAGCUUUCAUAUGAUGACAGGACCUGACUUCCUCUCAUCGUGUUGUUAUAGCAUUAUGAUGCUUGACUUCACUCAUUCAUUCUCUCUAAGAGAUGCCCUUUCCACAAGACCCAUGCACAAGCCCUACACUCAUGCAAAGAUGAAGCUUCUACUUGCACUUUGUGCAGUUUGGAACAUCAUCCAACUAUCAGUGUGCUGCUCUUCUGGAGAAAUGACAGAUCGACUCACCUGUGUAUCUGAUUAUUGGUUUACAAUUACCUGUACUUUGAGCAUCACUGAUGAGCCUGCAGGUGUCAACAAUACCCACUACUGGUUGAAUUUUACCUGGUCUGGUGGAGUUGGGAUUACAUUCAAAUGUCCACUGGUGAAGAUGGGGGACAGUUAUGGUUGCACAUUUGUGGCCGAUUUCGAUAAGAAUGUAACGUACCAUGGCUCUUCAUUUAAUGAAAUGGACUGUUUCAAUGUACAGCUUUGUUAUAACAUUGACUGCCAAUCAAACUUGACAGGCUUUGAACCAUUCGAAAAUAUUCAACCAACAGCUCCAAGUCAUCUCGCUGUCCAGUGGACUUCAGAGGGUUACAAAUGCACUUGGCAAAGUGGAUAUGAACACCAUCCAUAUAUAACAGAGUUCCCUUACCAACUCUUCAUCAACAAAUACCAUGGCAAUAAGAGCGAGGGGUUUUGUGUGUCCCCUCAAAACAAAUCUAUUUUAAUUGAUGCAUCUAGACUUGAGCCAGGUACCACAUAUGUUCUGAAAGUGAGAUCCGGGCUAUAUAAGUCCUCUGGAUAUAAAGGACAGUGGAGUCCGUGGAGUGCAUUGGUGCAAUUGAGGACUGAUGCAAAGGAAGCAGAACCAACUAUAGUCCUUGUCCUCAGCAAGUUUGUAUUUCCAGUUUGUGUGAUUGCUGGAGUUCUGUUGUUUGUAUUUUACAAUCCCACGACAAGAAUGAAGAUAAAAGCUUUCUAUGAUGUGCCAAGCCCAGCCCCUUUUUUCAAACCUCUCUACAAAGAUAACAAACAUUUCCAGAACUGGCUUGAGUCAGAGUGCAAUCUGAUACAAACAUACAAAACAGAAGAGCUCCUGACCAUCGAUACUUUGAUUAUUGAGGCCAAACCUAUAGUAGAGGACCAGGACUGUUCAGCUACAACACCAUAUCCCCUAGCACAAGUUCACACUCCCUAUGUUGGUCCCUCAGUGAUGGACUGGGUCUGCAGUAACAGUCCAAAUGGAAAUGGUCCAGGGGACAUUCCUUACACCCAGCUGCCCUGCUCUCCCCUAGAACUCCUGUUUGGAGGGAAGGGCACCUCUUCCUCCCAGGACCCUUCGGUCGCCUGUGAGGGGGACUCUGGAUGCGAGGACUUAACACUCAGCCCUGAGAGCAGCUUGCCUAAUAGUCCUGUAUCUAGUGAGCCAGAAUGCAUCUGUACUGGUUACUGUAUCCUACAUGAAACCUCUAAAGGUUUUAUCCCCACUGGUGUGUCCAAAGAGGUCUCUACUCAUCCCUUGAAUAGUUAUUGCAUAGAGGGACCAGGUAAGGAGGAAACCUGUGCCACUGAGUGAAGUUACCAAAUGUUACAUCAUAUGCCAAUAGGACACAGAUGGCCUACUUCUUGGGUUUUGAUAAUGUACUGAGCAAGGGGUGUCAUAGUCUUUACAAUUUCCUAAAUUACACAAUGUUGACUUAUGAUCAUUUGCAGUUUCUUUUUUAAAUUCUGAAGUAGAAUUGUGUAUACUAUACUGUAAUGAAAUGUGUUUUGUCCGUUUGAAAUAUUGUACAUUUUUGUAAUUACUGUAUCAAUUGUGUGAUAGCUUAAAUAGCUACUUUGGACCAGUUCAUUUCAUAAUUUGUCUGCACUGAUGGCACUAGAGCCAUUGAUCCUUCCGUAUGUGAGUUAACCACCAGAGGAUGCUGCGACUCAACACUUAGAGGAGAAAUUGGCGAGGUGCAGUUUCUUGGAUGACAAUUUGAGCUCUAUGUAAUAUUUUGAAAGUAGUUUGAUAAUCCUGUAAUUACUAUGUCCUUUAAUUUGUCUUGCAUUACAUACUUGUUCGCUAUUGUAAAUGCAAUAAUACAUUGGUAUGGUUUAUAUGUAUCGUUUUCUAUUUCGCAAAAAAGUAGAUGAGUAGCUAUAGUUAUCAGUAAAGACAAUUGCAACAAUAUAUAUGUAUAGCCAACCAAUGGUCUUCAACUUGCUUCAUCUUUCAUUCUUGGUGCAAUUUCAAAACAUGUGCGCGUGCUACAAAUGAACGAGAGUCAAAUGUUUUGUUGUGAUAUGACGUCAUGUUUCGGGAAAUGAACCCAGUAUGUAGCUAGUUUGCUUUAGGACUUCCAUCCAUGUCAGCAAGCAACCACUGGCCAGA